AUGACACGCGACGAGUUUGAGGCCUUGAAAUUGUGCUGCUCGUUUGCGACGCACUACGAUGACUAUGUCUCGGCUUUGCUUGAGUUGAACGCUCAGCCGCUGUCGUCGGCGUUAUUCGCAGCUGAGCCUAAGCUGUCUCACACCCUCAUCAACCUGCCAUGUGAUCCAAUGGUCUUGUCAUCCGAGACGAAGAUUAAAUUGCGACUCGAGGGACGUGCAUCAUCACUAUACGCACGCGACAUGCCUCCAAAGAAUCAGAUCAGAUUAGAACUCUCUCUUGCCUUCGUCGCUGGAACCAUCGUUGAACCAUAA